CUUUUCUUUACUUCUACGUGGACAAAGAUGGAAAUAUCCCAACCAAGAAACGCAUUUCGUGAGUUGUUCUUCAAACUCGCUAGCGAGGAUGGAAAGCUGGAAGCGAAAGAACUCAAGGAAUUUAUUUCAGAGUUAUCCAGAACAGAGCUUAACGAGCCAUUGAAAUUCAGCACAGAAACUUGCAGAAGUCUGGUUACUAUGAUGGAUAGAAAUAGAUCGGGCGGAAUGAACUACGGGGAGGCACUGAAGAUGUGGCGGGAAAUCAAAGAAUACAUAGCUGUUUUCCAGCAGUUUGAUGUCGACAAAGCGGGAGAAAUAAAGAUACCUCAAUUUGACAAACUGUUGCGCUCACUGGCUUCUACUCUAGAUUUUCCAGUCAAUAGGAGAAUAGAGAUGGCUAUAGUCAGGCGAUACACGGACAGAGACGACAAGAUCCGCCUACAGGACUUCAUCAUCAUCAUCUGUAAACUUACACUCAUGCACCAAAUAUUUAAGGACCAACAGGCAAAAUCAGGAGCCUCUGACUCCGCAUCAUUCUCUAUGAAUGAGUUCCUGUAUUAUACGAUGUACAGUUGAAUCCAGAGUGGCAAGUGGAGUACUGUCAUUAAUUGCAUGGAAG